ACAGCACCUGCGCGCCGCGCGGUCGCAUCAGCAUUAUUAUCUGGAGCGUGCUCGCGGAGCGCCACCGCCUUCACGCGCCGCAGCAUCAGGAGGACCAUCGAGGACAAUGAGCCGCGAGCGAGUCACCGCAUCCACGCGUUAACCCCGCGCUAUGAAUCAUGUAUGUGAUAGUACUGUCAAAUUUGCUCGCGUGCGUCCUCGCGUCCUGUCUCCAGCCGUCCGUGGCGUCCGCCGUGUUAGAGAGCGAGCCCUCGAGGGAAGCGGUGUCAUUGCUGCUACAGCAGGGUGAUACUGCAGACCGACAGACGCACAAUGCCAGCGGACCGCAGGAGUCUGAGCACACGCUAACUUAUCCAUCUCGCCUCAUCUACUACCUAAACGAAGCAUCGGAGAGCACGUACCAUGACCUCAACACUCACGCCAAGACCCCUGACCAGCACGGACAGGAGGUUCAUCUUGCUCAGGCUUCAUUUCAACUACACGCCUUUGGAACCCAAUUCAUUUUGGACCUAACAUUGAACAAUGAUCUGCUGUCAUCAGAUUAUGUGGAGAUACAUUAUGAGGGAGGGAAACCCGUCCUUUGGAAGGGUGGAGAGCACUGUUAUUAUCAUGGCCAAAUCAGAGACAAUGAUAGAUCUAAUGUGGCUCUAUCCACCUGUAAUGGUUUACAUGGCAUGUUUGAAGAUGGGAUCCACAUGUACACAAUUGAGCCACUUAAACAGACUCACUCUAUUGAGGGAACGGCCAGACCGCACAUCUUAUACAGGACACCCAUCCGGCAACAGAGGCCAGCUGCUGGAGAGGAAGGACUGAAGGAAGAACUGUCACAUCCAGAUGAUUCGUCUUGGCUUGGGCGGAGGAACAAGCGAGCUAUGCCCAGGAAUGUGUUCGAAGAGAUGAAGUACCUUGAACUGAUGAUUGUUAUUGACCACAACAUGUUUAAGAGACAUAAGACCAAACAGCACACACGGAAUUAUGCCAAGUCUGUGGUCAACCUGGUGGAUGCUAUUUUUAAAGAGCAUCUAAACACGCGUGUGGUUCUGGUUGCUGUUGAGAUGUGGACAGACAGGGAUCACAUUCCCAUCAGUGUGAUUCCAUUUGACAUGCUGAAGCACUUUUCCAAAUACCGACAGCAGCACAUCAGACAGCACGCGGAUGCUGUGCAUCUAUUUUCUAAUGUCACAUUUCACUAUCCACGGAGCAGUGCGGCGUAUUUCGGAGGGAUGUGUUCUGUGAGUCGUGGCGUUGGAGUGAAUGAGUAUGGGUCAACAUGGACAAUGGCACUCCUGCUGUCCCAGAGUUUGGCUCAGAAUCUUGGCAUUCAGUGGGACACAGCGUCAAAGAGAAAGGAGUGUGGCUGCGUGAACUCUUGGAUUGGUUGCAUCAUGGAAGACACUGGGGCCCAGCAUUCACGGACCUUCUCCAAGUGUAGUAUCUCUGAUUUUAAAGAGUUCCUGUUGAAGGGGGGAGGAUCCUGUCUCUUUAAUAAACCCAACAAGCUCUUUGAAGCCACCGAUUGUGGAAACGGAUACGUGGAAGCGGGAGAAGAGUGCGACUGUGGGCCGAGAGAUGAUUGUGUUAAAGAAUGCUGUAAGAAGUGUUCCCUGUCGAAUGGGGCACACUGCAGUGAUGGACCCUGCUGCAAUAACUCAUGUCUGUUUUAUCCCCGUGGCUUCACGUGUCGCUAUGCAGUGAAUGACUGUGAUAUUUCAGAGACGUGCUCUGGAGACACCGGACAGUGCCCUCCAAAUCUACACAAGCAGGACGGUUACUUCUGCUCUCUCAACCAGGGUCGCUGUUAUGCUGGAGAGUGCAAGAUGAGAGAGAGUCAGUGUAAAUAUGUGUGGGGUCCAAAGGCUGCGAGCUCAGAGAAGUUCUGUUAUGAAAAGUUGAACACAGAGGGCUCAGAGAAAGGCAACUGUGGUCGGGAUGGUGAGAAAUGGAUCCAGUGCAGUAAACAUGAUGUGUUUUGUGGCUAUCUGUUAUGCACUAACACUGGACAAAUCCCUCGUAUUGGAAUGCUGAAAGGAGAUGUCACACCUACAAACUUCAAUCAUCAGGGCAGACUGAUCGACUGCAUCGGUGGUCACGUGUUGCUGGAUGAUCAGACUGAUGUCGGUUAUGUAGAGGAUGGAACUCCAUGUGGUCCGUCUAUGAUGUGUCUGGACAAAAAGUGUCUUCCCAUUCAGUCUUUGAACCUGAGCUCCUGCCCUACUGGGCCCAACGGACUCGUCUGUUCCAGUUAUGGGGUGUGCAAUAAUGAGGCCACGUGCUCGUGUGACUCAACAUGGGCAGGGACAGACUGCAGUAUACCUGACCCUCCAAAAGAGCCAAAGCCCAGUGAAGAAGAGGGCCCGAAAGUCCUGGGUAAACUCAAGAGGAAAGCAGGGUAACAGCCUUUCUGACAUGACAUGUGCUCCUCACGCCCUGUGCCGGGAGCACCAGGAUCUGUCUACUUGUGGAGGUGCUGGCUGGCACACAAUCUGAACAGUGAAACGGCGAGGAUAUGAUCCGAAUGCUGGCGGCAUCUAGUGGACAGAAAGAAAUGCUGAUCUCCAGGGCUUCAGUAAUCAGCUGGGCUUCUGUUUUUGCUGCUAUUUUCAGGCAUUAGGGUAUACUUGAAAAUAUUAUACAUAAUAGUGAGGAAUUUAAUAAUACCUUAGUUAUGUAGCCACUCCCUUUUUUAUAAAAGUCUUUUUGCCAUUUCACCCUAAAAGUUAAUCAGAUCAUCCUUACAUGACAAAAGCAUGACAUCACACAAUCCAGCUUGGCGGUUUUGGCACCCUGAUAUAAGGAUAUGCAUGGCUAAACUAAUGCCUCCACGGUCAUCAAUCUCCAGCAGAGUACAGCAUUACAAUCUGUGAAGAGAUUAUUGAUCUCAGAUGCCCAUCAUUUCUUUUUGACAGAGGUUAUUAAACGCUGCAUGCCUAAGUUUUAGAGAGACAUGUGCAGGGGCGCAAUGAAGAGUUUCAAGGGGGGUAUGCGAGACAGAAUUUUGGGCCCCUUUCUUUAGAUGAUUGUUUGAUUUUCAUACUAUAAUGUGUAGCUAUAGAAAAUUACUCAAUUGAGUGCGUUUAUUUAAUUUUACAAGUCGCAUUUGCACCUAAAAAUAAAUACAUGAAGCAAAAAAAAAAAAAAAGAUUUAGGCUAUUCGAAAAAUGAAUACCAUUUUAAUCUGGAAUUGCAGAAAACAUUUACAUGACUGAUUUUAAAGAGAUCACUAAAAGAAGAAUAAUGCAUGGAGAUGCAUUUCUGAAUCUAUGGAAAUCUAUGGAAGGCGCUUUGAAAGUCACGGCAGUCGAGUUUUCUGUGCGGUUUUAGAAGCGAAAUGUGUACAUUUAUGUUUAGCCUAUAAUAGUUCAUUCUUCAGAGUUCAAUUUAAUUCAUAUUGAUGAUCUUUAUAGUCCAUUUAGUCCAUUUAAAAAUGUUCUUACAAACCGAUUGUAUUCAUCAGAAAACACCACUUAUAUUCUCUUUAUGUCGUUGUUCUCUGUGCGUGUGGUGUGUGUUUCCCGUAACCCCCACACGCGUCCUCCACUCAUGACAAAAAGCGUGGUUGGCAAAAGUUUUAAAAAUUAAUAUGACGUUGAUUUUUUUUAAAGUGUGUGCCUCGCCCACGCAAGCCCUUAGCCAGUGACACAGAAAUUGCAAAAAGCACAAUCGGCUAAAGUUUUAAAUAUGACGUUGAUUUUCAGUCAAAAGCAUGCCGCAAUCAUCAAAUGUGCUGCUGAUGGGCAUUUAAUUUCUGUGCACUGAAGGCUGUUUUUUGAAAAGCGAUAAAAGUGAUAUAAUCCAUAAUAUGAUUUUGCACAUCCAACAACAACUAUAUUAUUACAAAAAUAAUACUGCAUGUUUUGGCAUUUGAUAGCAUAUUGCAGUAGUUUAUAUAUACGUAAUGAUGCACGGUGUUCUUUUUAAUGUUCUUUUUCUUUAAUAUUCACAACACUUAUCAACAAAACAUUCAUUAAAAUUAAGAGACUAAUUAUAUUAAACGAAAUUUAUUUUAAGCAAACAUUUGAAGCAAACAAAACUUAAAUUAAACUCGAAAAUUAUGUCUUAUGAUUCACUCUAUUUUUACCGUCAUUAGCCCUCAAUCCAUUACAACGCCCAAUAUAUAGCGUUUAAAAUUACAGUCUUAAUAAUCGAAUUAAAUUGAAACAAAACAGUAACAACAUUACAACAAUAUUUAAACAAAACAAUACUUAAACAUAAAUAUAGAACAGACAUUCUCUAUUCGGAUACAUGUUAAAAACAAUCUGAUAUAGCGUUUAUAAUAGCUGCACUAAGGGCUAAACCUCCGUUGCAAACCUGAAUAAAAAUGAAUCACUUUCACUAUGAAAAUAAUGCGCUGUCACAUUAAAACCAGCUCUUAGUCAUUUAAAAUUUAACUAAAUUACAAUGGCUAAGACAAUUCUCCUAUUUCAUGUUUAUUUAAUAAAGAGUCCACAAUUGCAGAAAAUAAUAUUUUUAACUACGCCUUUUAAUUGUCCGUCUUAGAAAUGCAUUGGCCUAUUUUUCAGCAGUCGCUAUCCUAAUAUUUCCUUAAAUAAAGGCCUUGCUGUCCUUUUGUUUUAACACAUAUUUUUAUUUUUCAUGAAACAUUUUACGGUUUACGGAUCAGCACGAGCGCUUUUUAGUGGCAUGUGAGAUCUUACCUUGAAAUGCCAAACAGUAGGGCUUUCGACUGUUUGUGGUAACUUAAAAGGAUUGCAUCCCUGAUCCCAAACCAAAAUGUUGCCUACCCACCCAUAUCCAUACCUGGGGCCUCAUUUAUAAAAUGCUGCGUAAAAAACAUCCUACAUUUGAUCUUACGAUCAUUUAUCAAAAAUGCGUAGGUGUGAUUCAUAAACCGAACGUACGCGCAGAAAACGCGCGUAUCCCUUUCAAAUCUAUAAAUCGCAAAUGAACUUGAACUUGUGCGCGCAGCCGAGCAGUUUCAGAUCUCCGCCUUUAAACGAUGCCUAAUUUAUGUCACAGACAUAUAAAAGAGCACUUGUCAAUGUUUAAACACAAUUUCGAGCAGCAAGAAUGGCUAAUAUUUCCAAAAACCUGCAGCAAUCAGACAAGCAAAAGUGCGUACGUCUGCUCAGACCCUGACGUGGCGCUAAGCACUUUUCCACGUCAAAGACAGUUUUUAUAAAUAUGGACUUUGCCGUGGAUUUUUGCGUACGCACACUUUACGAUCAAAUCUGUGCGUACGCACGCUUUAUAAAUGAGGCCCCUGCACAAUCAAAUUAAAAACCACCAGAACCGCCAAAUAUGUAAUUGCAUCUACUAGGUCAUGCUUGCACGCUGUUUUAAAAAGUGUCUCAAUUUUACUUAUCACAAAGUCAUUUACAUUAGUUUUUUAAAGUUAUUCAUUUACUUUACAUUUUACUAUAGUGUUAAUAAUUCAACGUGUACGACAAAAAAAAAUGGAAAAGUGAUGACGGUGGGGUCCCCUAGCGUACUCAUGGGCCCUUAUGCCUUGCAUACUCUGCACCCCCCCUAACGGCGCCCCUGGACAUGUGUUGAGUAAAAGUUUAGGUCAGAUUUCAUUCAACACAUACAUGGCAAUGUAGACAACUUAAAAUAUUUUUUUCUCAAACCGGCAUGUUUUUAUACCAUAAAACACAAGAGGAGAUGCAGAAUAUGGAUCACAUUUUUUAUUGGCUGAAGGUGGGUUUGAAAGAGCUUGAAAAAAGACAAACACUGCAGAAAUGAUAAAGCUGCCCAGUUCUGAAGCCAUAUGUUCAAUAUGUGUGAAUAAAAAAAUCAUAUGGGGUGAAGAUAUGUAUACAUACUGUACAGUUUCUUUAAGAACAUGGACUGCAAGUCAUUUUUAACAGAUCAUUUUGUCUCAUUUGAUUGUACGUUUGUUGUUUUCUGCCUAUUUUCAAGUCACACUGUUUUUUAGCAACAUUUAUUUCAAAUCAGUUUAGUGCUUUUACAUGCAAGUGUUAAGUUAUUUGCUCUGAAACGGGGAUGUAAGUGAACACCUAAUGUAUAGAUGCUGUAUGUCACCUGCCACUUUGAAUUAGUAAGUGACUCUAAGCCAAAGAUCUAAAGAACAAAUGUAUGUUUGGAUGUUAAACACGGCACUUUACUGUGAUGUUGAUUCACCUGUGAGAUAAGGUAGUGAUAUGGUUACUGAUCACCUCAAACACACCGGCAAUAAUUCAGUCCUUCAAUUACACCGUACCUUGUUUUACCUGUUAAAUCUGCUUACCACAUUUGUCUUAUUAUUCAGACCUUAUUAUGAAGUCUUUAUUGUCCAUAUCGUUCACCUUUAGCAGUCAACCAUUGCAUGAAUUCACUAUAGUGGGCUUAUUACUCUGUAAGUAUGAAGUGUGAUUGCCCGUAGGAAUAUACAGUAUAUUUCAGAGACUGCGCUGUGCUAUAUGUGCAUGUCAGCUACAAACCUUUUAUUUACUAUGCAAAAGAAUUUGCUGCACAAAGCAAAAGGAUAAAACAGCAAAAUAUUAUUUUAAAAUCUCUCAUUUGCCCCAGUUCUUCAUCCAUGAUGAUUAUGCCACGUUUCACAUAUCAGGAAUUAUACAACUGUUUCUUAUUAUCCUAGAAAGGAAUGAAUGUAUUUUCUUUUCUUAAAAACAUAAAAAAUAAAUUCUGAAUUACAUUUCACAUUUGAGGUUUCAGAUGCGAACUGAAUCACUUUUCUUUUUUGUCAUUAGCACUAUCUUGAGCUGCUGUUAUUCAUAGAAAUCCAUAAUGCAUAAGUAAAAGUCAUGAAAAUAAUAAAAUCAACAAUAUUUUAAAUGUU